UGCGUCUCGGUCCUGCCCGCAGCAGUCUCCUUCCCGGCGAGGUUUCACUACAGAGAUGGCUGCGAAAGUGUGCAGAUCAGUACUCCUGUUGUCCCGGAGCAGCGGAGCGGGGGCCGGCAGCCUCCCCGCACUUGUUGUAUCUUCACAGCGACACCAUCAGCACAUAAGACCGGAGGUACUGUCUGCUCCUUUCACCCGUCAGACUGUCAGGAGAGCACAUGGCCUACGGUCAGCAGCCCACUCCACACUGUUCACCCAGCCUACCACUGCCCUGUCUCCACAGGUUUGGAGUGGCGCCCCCUCAUGGCCUGGCCAGAGACUGUUGUGUUCCUCCACUGCUCCAGAAGAGGUGACAGUGGUGUAUCAGAACGGGCUGCCGGUGAUCUCAGUCAGUUUGCCAUCCAGGCGAGAGCGCUGUCAAUUCACCCUAAAGCCUCUCAGUGACUGUGUGGGAGUUUUCCUGCAACAGCUCCAGGCAGAGGACAGAGGCAUUGACCGGGUAGCCAUCUACUCCAUGGAUGGAGCAAGGGUUGCCUCCUCCACAGGUAUAGACAUCCUGCUGCUGGAUGAUUUCAAGCUUGUCAUUAAUGACACAGAACACCUCGUGCGGCCACCAAGGAGAGAGAUGCUGCCCCAUGAGGAGGCAGAAAGGUUGAAUGAUGUCAAGUUCCUGGUGCAGCAGCUUUACACCACCCUGCGCAUCGAGGAGCACCAACUCAGCAAAGAACGUGAGCUGAUUGGACGACUGGAGGACCUCAACUCUCAACUCCGCCCCCUAGAGAAGGUGAGGGAGGAAUUGAGUAAGAAGGCAGAGCGACGCACCACCUGGGUGCUGUGGGGUGGCAUGGCCUACAUGGCCACCCAGUUUGGCAUCCUGGCCAGGCUGACCUGGUGGGAGUACUCCUGGGAUAUCAUGGAGCCAGUCACCUACUUUAUCACUUAUGGCACUGCAAUGGCCAUGUACGCUUACUUCGUUCUUACACGUCAGGAGUAUGUUUAUCCCGACGCUAGAGACAGGCAGUAUCUGCUGUUCUUCCACAAGGGGGUGAAAAGGACACGCUUCGACAUUGAGAAGUACAACAAGCUGAAGGAUGAUAUUGCUGAGGUGGAGUUGGAUCUGAAGCGUCUACGGGAUCCACUCCAGCUCCAGCUCCCAGUUCAGCAGCUCACCGCCAGUAAAAAUUGAUGGGUAGAGUGACUCCCUCCUCUGUCAGCUCCUACAAACCUCUUUUCCCUCUUCCCUCCUGCUGUCCAGCACCCUUCGCUCUCUCCUUUUACCCCCAAAUAUUUCCUCAGACUCCUCCUUCCUCCUAUUCCUCCCACUCCCAAUAAUCCCAUCCCUUUAUUGACUGUGGGAGUUAGUUUUCUCCUUUUUUUGUUUUCGUUUUUGUUUUUAUUUUCCUGACUGAAAUCUCCAGUUGGAAUUGCAAGGGAAAACCGGCUAAAAGAUGAAAAAAAUGGAUGGUGAGAAACCUGGGAACUGAAAACCUCUCACAGCCGAAGGAUGAAAAGGAAGAUGGUGAUUAUAGCGUUGAAAUGGGCACUGUGGACGUGCCUCAAAUCUUCGGAGGGACAGCCUGCAGGUAACUCCAGAGGUGAGAUGACCCCACCUCUAGACACUCCAGGACAGGGAACACGCAGAGGGGCAGCCAUUGCUGAGUGUGCAUGUGUGCGGGACUUUCGGGCUACGCUGGGACACCGACCCUGGCCACUCUGCGGGUCGACACAGCGCCGUAGCCCUGCUUCCUCUAGCAGCCGAACUGUCAACACACACACACACCUUCUCUUGGUCGGUGCAGGCUCCAGGGGACAAGUUUACAAGGAAGUUCUCACUGCAGUCGCACCUUCAGGGAGACCUUCGUUUUCCUGUGGCCGAAUUCUGCUGCCUCUCCCUCUCUGAGCCACGCCUCCUCCAGGUGACGGACAGCUGUCCUUCCCAGUGUGACCUUUGUCAGGAGCCCGUCUCCACUCGCAGGAUGCAGGAAUGACGACGCCUCGUUUCCUCGUCCUGUUGAUGUCCUGUAGCUGCCCGGCCUGCGCAAGUAUGAGAGUACUACCGACAACAACAUCACUGUGUGUUCUUUUAUUCCAAGAAAAAUAUUUUGGCACUUUUUAUUUUGAAAGCCAUAGUAUAUUUGUUAUGAAAAAAUAUAAAUAUAUAUGUAUACAAUCAAAUAAACCGAUGACCAGAGGCUAGUUUCUUUCAGUGGGGGGAGGAGCUCUCUUGCAAACGUCAUUUCACAAGAAACUCAUUUACACCCUCUGCAGAUCUCCUGCCAUGAAGAGCCUGCCGCUACACACACUUGCAUUUACUACCUUUAACUGUUUCAGACGUUUUCAUGACAAAUGCACACAACAGAUUUCACAGUAACUAUGCUCAGAUUGGAUGUAUGGCUCCUGUGCAUGGCCACCAAAGAGGGGGAAACAACGUUGAAACCAAAUCAGGGUGAAAAUGGCUUUGAUUGGAAUUGACCGCUUUUGAGCAUCACAGAAUAUCAAUGCGGAUAAUGCUGUGCUUGACCUCUAUAAUCAUCCCAUGAAUGCAAAGAUUGCUGCAGAAGCAUAAUGACAGCGUUCAAAUGUUUAGUGACCAUUGACUCAGACAAACCCACAGGCAUGUUACAUAUUUGAUUAGCUGAAUGACUUUUUCAAAAAACAGAGCAGAGUGUUCGCAAAUUGCCUGCAGCUCAGUAACGCUUUUCCAAAUAUUGUGUUGUUUUUACCUUUUCAACUGAAGCGUCCAAAUGAAAACGAUAUCAUUAUCUCACUGAUGAAACAAAGGCUACAUCUAACCAAAAAAAAGCGUCAUGGCAUUGAGGUCGUAGAGGUUUUUCCAUCCUGAAAUUAAGCCAGAGUUUUCUCCUCCCACUGCUGCUGUAACGCCCCUUCCCCCCUGCUCCCUCGAUGGCAAGGCAGGGUAGACUGCAUGUUGUGGUACGCCCUCAGUAGAAAUUUGUGAAUGUGUAGGAGCAUUAUUGCAAUUUUGUACUUAAAUUGGACACUUUUCUUUGCCACAUCUAGCUGAAGUCUCAUCCACAUCGAGCUCAAGUCUCACCCCUCCUCGUUCAAUCAGAUGUUAUCGAAGCCAUAUGUUUGUGUUGUUCAUCUUCAUGAUUCUUUAAUUAUUUUCGGGAUGGUCACCAAAUAAACUUUUCUCAGCUUUACAUAGUUUUCUGUUCAGGGUGAGGAUUGGCGGCCCUCUCUCCAGUUCCAUUUAUCUCUCUAGAGAAGUUCUCAAAGCCAGUUAUUUUCAUCGCUGUAGAUCACCUCUGCAGAGGGGAAGCAGGAUGACAUGACGUCCUUGCAAACACUGUAGACUCGAGUUCAUCUUGUGCUUGUGUGUGUGAACAGCUGACCGAAUCCUACUGAGGAGAUCAUUGUGUUUAACUGCAGAUUUUAUAUUAAAAUGCAUGAUUUUCGAACAAAUCAAAAGUUAGCCAUGCAGAUCUCGAGCCAGGAUUUGGUUUAAGCUGUUACUGUGAGUUGUGUGUGUGUGUGCGUGUGUGUGUGCGUGGGUGUGUGCGUGUGUGUGUGUGUGUGUUGGUUAUCUCCAAGGAAAAUGGUGCCUUUUGGAUCAUUAUUGAUUAACUCUAUAGACAAUGUAGCAAUCUGUAAAUGGCAACAGUGGGAAAUGAUCAGAAGAGAAGGUUAGCCUUGUUUUGAAUGAAACCAUCAUAUGAAGGAUGGUUCAAUUUGAAUGUUUAGAAGUGGAAAUCAAUUUUGCUGUGUGCCAUGAAUGUUUGUUGAAUCCGCAUGUGCUGGGGGCAAAGUGCAGAUCACCGUAUUCAUGAAUCCUGUGCUAAUAAUUGUUGCUUGUCAUAGGUGCAAAAAUCAAUUCCACCCUCAUCCCGCUUCUUCGCCGUCAUUAGCUUUCAAUUCAGUUUUCCUGAAUAGACCAGCUCACAUACACACAUGAAGAGAAAUCGGUGUUUCCUUGGAGAUGUACUGUAGAAGGUGAGCGAGUUCAGACCUCUGUUUGCAGUCCAGUCCUCCCCUCUGCUGUUUCUACACCACACUUCUCUCCAUCAUCACCUCUUCCUUUCUAUCACGCCAUCCACCGUUUAUUGCCUUUGGGUUUUGUUUUGUUUUUUUCUCUUGUCUAUUUUUUAAAAACGAAAAUAUAUCAAAUAUAGGGAAACUUUAUUCUAAAGAGGGUGUUGCAUGAAUGUAUGUUUACAUGGGAAAUUACUUAAAACUUAAAAAAAAAAGAUUUAUCAAAAAUAACUGCAAAGAUAAUUUAAGAACGUUGUUUGUAGAGAUUCCUAGUUAUAAAGGGCAGUGGACAGGGCUGCGUCUUUACAACCUGCCCUGCCAAAUCUGAUUUAAAUCCCAGCCAACCAAAUGCUCAAACCUCACUCCCAUCUUCACCUUAUUUACUCCCAUAAUCCUCUCCUUUAGCGUCCAUUCAUACUCCCCAAUAAAUGGAAAAACACCCUCCAUCUGCGGUGCACGUAUAAAAGAGGCUUAAUAACCUCAUGUCCUGGAUUUGAGUCCAGGGGAGAAGUGCACUCUUUCAGCCUAUCGGGGAACACCUCUAAUUCUUGUCCCUCUAUCGACCCUCAGCCUUUUUUCUCCAAAGACACAUUAUUAUUGUUCCAUGUUUUGAAUGUGUGUUUAAGUUUUGAAUAUGUUCUUUGCGUGCACUUAAAAUACGACAUGUUUAAAAUGCCUAAAGAGUGAAGCAGAACAUAGGAUUGAACAGAUCUUGUUCUUCAUUCUGACCUCUUAUUUUGUUUUUCUUGUCUUUAUUUUUCUUUUCUGUUGACAUAUGAUGCUGUAAUGUUGGCAAAAAAAAGAAAAAUGUAAAAUCCUGUAUCAUUUAUGAAAUAUGUAUAAAAGAGAAAUGUAAUUCAAUUAUCAAUAAAAUCCUUAUCCAGUUUUUGGAA